AUGGACUGUAGCCUUUGCAGCACCAGAAGCAAGUCUUUCUCUCUUCAAUUUUUACCAUCGGCGGUAAAAUCCCGUAAGUUACGCUCAAUUUCGUCUUCCAAUUUGACAUUCAAGUUGUCGACUGCUUUCCUUAACUGGAAAGUAGAUCAACCGAGACACGGUGCUGCGGUUGUUGUGGUGGCAAGAGCGGGAUCGAGCCACUGCGAGCCGAGUAGCAGCAACAGCAGCUUGAACACUCCGCUGGAGUUGAGGUCUGAGGCUGGGAAGUUUUUGAGUGGCGUGUUUCAGAAUCAGAGACAGCUUUUUCAUGUUGCUGUGGCUGAUGAGUUGAAGUUAUUGGCCGAUGAUAGGGACAGUUCUUUGAGUCGCAUGCUUCUUAGCUCUGGCUCCGAUGAAGCUUCUCUUCACAGGAGGAUUGCUCAACUGAAAGAGUAUGAGUGCCAAGUUGCCGUUGAAGAUGUCAUGUAUAUGUUAAUUCUUUACAAAUUUUCUGAGAUCAGAGUCCCUUUGGUUCCAAAGCUCUCUAGGUGCAUCUACAAUCGCAGGCUAGAGAUACGGCCUUCAAAGGACUGGGAACUUGAGUCCAUUCACAGCUUUGAGGUCUUAGAGAUGGUUAAGGACCAUGUCUCUACAGUUAUUGGCUUGAGAGCAAAUUCUAGUGUGGCAGACAGCUGGGCAACAACUGAGAUCCAACAGCUCCAGCUUGGUCGAGUGUAUGCAGCCUCGAUUUUAUAUGGUUACUUCCUAAAAUCUGCGUCCUUAAGGCAUCAUUUGGAAUGGUGCCUGGCUCUGCCCCUCCAAGAUAUUCAUCUCGGUCAUAGGACAACCCCUCGGUUUCCUGGGUCAGUGCCUUAUGGAUUUACAAAUCUUGGUUUUGGUCACGUAAGCAAUGAGAAAUCUACAUUGCAGGAAACACAAUCAAACUGGCCAAAAUCAGAACACGAAAAAUUGAAGUGCUACAUGAUGGGGUUUGAUUCUGAGACAAUGCAGCGAUGUGCGAAACUGAAAUCUAAGGAGGCUGUGAAUUUGAUUGAGAAGCACAGCUGUGCACUUUUUGGGGAUGAGAAGACCGGUGUGCUUGAAAAUGAUGAGGUGAUCUUGACCUCAUUUUCGAGCUUGAAGAGAUUGGUUUUGGAGGCAGUUGCAUUUGGUUGUUUUCUUUGGGACACCGAAGAAUACGUCAACUCUGUAUUUAAGCUUAAAGACAACUGA